UAGUUGCUUAUAAAUUUCUUAUAAGGGGUUCUAUUUAGAAAUCACUAAUCAUCUAUAUUCUAUAAUUUCUUAAUAUCUACUAGUAUUCCUAAGUAAUUAAUAAAUUGUUUCCUCAUUUUAACAAAAAAAAAUAUUAAAAUGAACUACCUACAUAAAUUAUUCAAAUAAUUAUUGGUAAAGUAACAUAUUAUAAUAAAUCAUUAAAAAAUAUUGCUGUGAACAUUUCACAAAAACAUCCAUAUUUUCACGAACAAAUUAAUUUUUCACAGAAGGCAAUCUUUGUAAUGAUCUAUUUACCAAUAACUAGUAACUUCUACAGUAUUACUACAUUCUUUUUAACUCAACAUAUUGUUCAAAUUCAGUGUCUCCCAAGAUCUCGUAUUUGCCAGUUAUGUAAAUAAACAAAAAAUUCAAUACAUAUUUAAGAAACUAUAACCUUCAUCAAAAAUUAUGUUUUGGAUAUGGACUUGUUUCAUUAUACUAAUGACUUUAUACGUUAUAGAUAGAAAACAAUAUGUUCGAGGUUAUGAAUACACAAAAUACAACUGGACAAAUUCGGACCCUAAUUGGAACAAAUGGACCGAUUGCAAGGGCUCGUGUGGUGAAACUGGCUACAUGUCUCGAUACCGCAGUACUACGUCGAGCGAUGUCCUCUGCGAAUUUAACCACGAGUGGAAAACUUGCAACAUUUUAGGAUGUACGAUAAGGAAUUACACCGAGGCCGCCGAAGGAAAUGAACUCAAAACACGAGAGUUAAAUUACAUCCUGGAAAUAACGAGGAACACAAAUCAGAUUUUUUGGAACGCGUGUUUCUCGGAUCAUUGUAAUUACAACGCUUUGAAGAACGAGUUUACGAAUAACACUGAUCGAUUGUGGAACGCUUUGUUAUGUGUUAAACACAAUUUGGGCUGUCCCGUUAAAGGAGGCUGGAGUAAAUGGAGUUCUUGGUCGAAGUGCACCGCUACGUGUGGUUUUGGAAUGCAAUACCGAUUACGAUAUUGUGAUCAUCCUUGCCCAUCAAGAACGUCACUUAACUGUUCUGGAAACUACAUAGAAUUUAAAAAUUGUUUCGGGAAAUCGUGUACAGCUAAGACCAAUGGAACUUGGUGUAAGUGGAUGAAAUGGUCGGAAUGUAGCGUUCAGCAAGGAAAUGGUAUCAUCGUCCGGAAACGUUUUUGUCGGUCCUCUAACAACAAUAGUGUAUACAUGUCAUGUUCAGGACCGCACACAGAAAUCGGUCGAUGCUAUGUACCUGGAGUCGAUGGAGGAUGGUCUGAAUGGCUAAAAUGGAGCCCCUGCUCGACUACAUGCGACAGAGGAAUUCGGUAUAGGCUACGAAGUUGUAGCCGACCGGAGCCGGAAAGCUCUGGACGACAUUGUGAGGGAGAGACUGUACAGACCAAUAUAUGUUACGUCGGACCCUGCAAAGGACCACCGAUUAUGGUGACCACAUUUGAUAAACAGUCUCACAUUAAGUACGCUGCUACGGAAACAAGUACGACUCUGCUGCACGUCGUUGUACAGUUUUAUCCUUUCGGCAUGUCCGGUACUAUACUUCGACGGUUCGACAACGAUUGUGAUGGUUACUGCAAUAGCAUUCAGCUGAAUUUGAUCGAUUUUCGUCUAAUUUUAAUUGUCGACAUAGACGGGUGCAAUGUUACAUUACAAAGUACUUCCACAAUAAACUUUGGAUGGAAUGAAGUUAUCUUUUCGAUCACCAAAAACAAAGUAGAACUACAAUUAAAUAACCACCAAACGUCAACAUUUAUAAAAUGUAUGAUUUGGGCUGUGAAUCUGGACCAAGUGAUGAUCAUCGGAGAAGAUUUCGAAGGUUACAUAAAAAAGUUUGACGUGAACUUUAUGCCUUACGCAUUAACCAUAAACGAGAAACUUUCAGAUACCAUGUAUAUACCUUACACGACUUUCAAUACAGUCUUCGAACUAUCAGAAGAGCAAUCGUACUCAGAUCUAUUUAAUACGAUUAAGAUCCCUUGCCCGCAACCGAGUAACAAUUGGAAGUUGGAAUUGUAUUUGAGGUUUGAAAUUUUAGCCAACGGAAAUUUUAUUUCAACCCGAAGCACUGCAGCAGAUUACAUGUCAGUAGAAAUUAAUAACGACGUGUUCAAGCUUAAGAUAAAAUUGGAUGAAUACUUUGACGAAGUGUCAAUAAAGUUUGAGUACAUCGAUUCAUCUUGGAUUCACUUGGAAAUCGAACAACACGAUAACAGCUGGUGUUUGAGUGUGAAUGACAACAAACGUUCAUUGAUGAUGCCCGAUGAAGUGUUUGUUGAGCUCUGUGAAGAUCAUAUGUAUAUUGGUAACUUUCAGGAAAAUCAAAAUUCGACACAACUCCGAGGAAUCAUAGGAUAUUUAAAACUAAAUGAUGAUAUUUUAAAUCCUAAUGACUUUAUUAUUAAUUCCAAAACAGAGUACAAUGCCUUGACACGGAACUUAUCAGAUACGCUGUAUAAUGAAGUAACAAUGACAAGUGAAAAUGAUGUUAUUGAAUUAAACUGUAUUUUCAUCAGUGAACUCAAAUAUGAAGAUUUAGAUAUUGUAUGGUUAAAAUCUUAUGAAUUGGGUUUACAUAGAAUUGACUGUAAUAUAUCUCACAAUUGUGCUAUUAUAACUAACAAACAUGUAUCUCAAAUCACAAUAUUUUCAAAAUCUGUGCAUGAAGAUUACUUUUACUUAUGUAUAUCAAUGAAAAUAAAAAAGAUAAUGUGCAUUUAUGGUGUUACAACAUUGAAGAAUAAUUUUGACACUGUUAAUGAUGUAAUGAAAACAUUUAUAAUCCUUGGGAGACUGAUUGCAUUGCUAACAAUAUUUUUUCUUAUGUUUACGAUAAAAAAUAAAAUAAAAAGACUUUAAAUGUGUACAUCAAUUUAUUUAAAUAUUUAAACCUAAUUAACAAUUAGCUAUGUACAGUUUGAGUUAUCUAGUGUUUGCGGUAUGCAAAGCUCGAAUGAACAAAUGUAAAAUACAAAAACACAACAAACAGAGUUUGUAAAAUAGCAAUUAUACUGCAAACUAACAGUCUGAUGGCAGGCAAUUUAAUGGUUAAUAAUAUUAUGAGACAUGUUCUAAAAACACUAGUGCCGGUAAACAGAAUUAGGGCCAAAUAAAAUAUUACAUUGUUUGUUUCAUCCGAUAUAAAACUAAUAACAAGCGUAAA